CUGCGCACUGCAGAGGGCGGGGCGGCCCCGCGCCUGCGCACCGGCGGCCCGCGGUCCCGGCGCAAGAUGGCGGCGGUGGGGCGGGCGAGGCGGAGGUGGGGCGGCGGCGGGAGACGCAGCGGUGCCCGGUGCCUACAGCCCCCGACCUCACGCCCAGCGGCCCCCGCGGGCCAGGCGCGGGACGUCCCGCUAUGAGGAUGCGGCCCCUGCGCGCCAGCGGCGAGCACGGAGCGACGGCCACGCGUCCCGCCAGGCAGCCCGCCACCUGCGGUUGCUGAGAAAUGGCCAAUGAGAAUCACAGAAGCCCUGCAGAGGAAGCCUCUCUCAUGAGUCACUCACCUGGCACCUCCAACCAGAACCAGCCCAGCUCCCCCAAACCUAUGCGACUGGUACAGGACCUGCCAGAUGAGCUGGUGCAGGCUGGCUGGGAGAAGUGCUGGAGCAAGCGGGAGAAUCGCCCCUACUACUUCAAUCGCUUCACUAACCAGUCUUUGUGGGAAAUGCCAGUUCUGGGACAGCAUGAUGUCAUUUCAGACCCUCUGGGAUUGAAUGCAGCUCCGAUGCCACUGGAAGGUGGGAUUAUAGAUACCUCUGUGGAGAGCAAGCAAAGGAAGAGGAGAUUCUCUGAGGAGGUUCCACUGAGCGGCAACAGUGUGAAAAAGCCCAAGGCGGAUGUCCCAGGGAACCCAGCUGCUCAGCCAGUCCCCAGCUCUCCCAGUAUUCCAGGAACCUCUGUUUUGAAGGCAUGGUGUGUUUCACCUGAAGAUAAACAGCAGGCAGCUCUUCUACGACCAACUGAAGUAUAUUGGGACCUGGAUAUUCAGACAAAUGCAGUGAUUAAGCAGAGAGCACCAUCUGAAGUGCUUUCUCCACACCCUGAGGUGGAGCUGCUUCGAUCCCAGCUCAUUCUCAAGCUGCGGCAACAUUAUCGAGAGCUCUGCCAGCAGCGAGAAGGGAUUGACCCCCCGAGGGAGUCCUUUAAUCGCUGGAUGUUGGAGAGGAAAGUGGUCGAUAAAGGGACAGAUCCUCUUUUGCCGAGUGACUGUGAGCCAGUAGUGUCUCCUUCCAUGUUCAGAGAGAUCAUGAAUGACAUUCCCAUCAGGUUAUCCAGAAUCAAGUUCCGGGAGGAAGCCAAGAGACUACUCUUCAAGUACGCUGAGGCUGCGAAACGGCUGAUAGAAUCCAGGAGUGCUUCACCAGACAGCAGGAAGGUGGUGAAGUGGAAUGUGGAGGACACCUUCAGCUGGCUGCGACGGGACCAUUCGGCCUCGAAGGAGGACUACAUGGACCGCCUGGAGCACUUACGCAAACAGUGUGGGCCCCAUGUGUCUGCUGCAGCAAAGGACUCCGUUGAAGGCAUCUGCAGUAAGAUUUACUACAUAUCCCUUGAAUACGUCAAGCGGAUCCGGGAGAAGCAUCUUGCCAUACUCAAAGAGAACAAUAUAUCUGCUGAGAUAGAAGCUCCUGAAGUCCAGGACAGGCUCGUAUACUGUUACCCAGUGAGACUGGCCAUCCCCUCCCCACCACUCCCCAGCGUGGAAAUGCACAUGGAAAACAAUGUGGCAUGUGUGCGGUACAAGGGGGAGAUGGUGAAAGUGAGCCGCAACUACUUCAGCAAGCUGUGGCUUCUCUAUCGGUACAGUUGCAUUGAUGACUCUGGUUUUGAAAAAUUUCUGCCCAGGGUUUGGUGCCUUCUCCGUCGAUAUCAGAUGAUGUUCGGUGUGGGUCUGUACGAAGGAACUGGUCUGCAGGGGGCACUUCCUGUGCACAUCUUCGAAGCCCUCCACAAGCUCUUUGGAGUGAGUUUUGAAUGCUUUGCCUCGCCCCUGAAUUGCUAUUUUAAACAGUACUGUUCGGCCUUCUUGGAUACAGACGGGUAUUUCGGAUCCAGGGGCCCGUGCCUGGAUUUCUUUCCUGUAAGUGGCUCUUUUGAGGCAAAUCCUCCAUUCUGUGAGGAGCUGAUGGAUGCCAUGGUCUCUCACUUCGAGAAACUGCUGGAGAACUCCAGUGAGCCUCUCUCCUUUAUUGUCUUCAUCCCCGAGUGGCGGGACCCUCCUACACCAGCCCUGACCCGUAUGGAGCAGAGCAAGUUCAAGCGGCACCAGCUCAUCCUUCCAGCCUUUGAUCACGAAUACCGCAGCGGGUCUCAGCAUGUCUGCAAAAAAGAGGAGAUGUACUACAAGGCCGUGCACAACACAGCCGUCCUCUUCCUGCAGAACAGUGCGGGCUUUGCCAAAUGGGAGCCCACGCCGGAGCGGCUGCAGGAGCUUGUUGCAGCCUACAAGCAUUCAGGCCGGACCCUCAGCUCCUCCUCCUCGUCGUCCUCCUCGUCGUCGUCCUCCUCCUCCUCCUCUUCCUCCUCCUCCUCCACAGCAGACAAAGAGCGGGAGCUGGGCCGGGAGCAAAGCAGCAGCCGGGAGACUAAUCCCAACUAAGGUGCAGAGGUGCGAGGCAGCAGGGGAGGUGCCAGCGGCCUGAGGAGGCUUGCUGGGGCGGUGGAGAGACUGCUGGCUGUGCAGCACCGGCCUGGGGGACUCUUGCACAGCAGCUCCACGGCACCUGCUUUCCUCUGUGAACUGCACACUGCCCCGGCCCAGGAGUGCUGGGGAGCACCCGGCCGCCGGUGGGGAGAGGAGGCUGAGCUGCGGCCCCCGCCGGAGGGCAAGGGAACGCAGCGUGGUACAGCAGGAGGAGCAGGCAGCCCCUUCGAUGCCAGAGCGCCAAGGGAAGGGGCAGCCAGAGCUGGGAUGCAUGCAUGGGCGAAAGGACGGCAGGACAGAUGGAGGGACGGAUGGCAAGUGCAAGUGCUCGGCGCGCAGCGCCACAGCUGGAGGGGCCCCAGCAGCUGGCCACAGCCUGGCGCCGGCAGGAGAAGGACGGGCAGAGCCCGGGGGCUCCUGCGGCCGGACUGGCACCAGCACAGCUCCGUGUCCAUAGUGUAAAUAGUUCUGUCCGUGGCGCCCGUGCUCCCCGCAGGGCUGCUCCCAUUGCAUCCGUGUUCCUUUCCCACAUGUGUGAGUCCCGUGUUUGCCGACGCUGUGUACCGUUUAGGGGAGGAGCGGAGAAGAGGAGUUUCUUUGGUGUGUAAAGACGUCUUUGCAGCUGUUUUGUAGUCGUUGUGGUUUUUAUGCGGAGCCUCUGGGCUUUAUUUAACCUCCUUGGGUUUUGUUUUGUAAGGAUUAAUUUAACACCGCUAACCAUUUUAUUACUUUUAUCAAGAAGAGCAAAGUCUAUUUUUGAUUUCUGUUUCCUAGUUCUUAGGAACAUUAAAAACCAGCAUACAGCUCUG